UUUAGGCUUUCCAUUCAUUUUCUCUGUUGUUUUAGUAAUUAUUCUGGGCAAUUGCAAUCCUGCAAAACACACACACACACACACACACAACCAUUUUGAGGCUUUCCAUCCAAAAAUGAGCUGAAAAAUCCUAAUCACAACAACUGAACAACAUAAUGGCAUAAAACGCAAAGGCCUGAAAGUGGAAAAAAAAUCCCUUUUUUCCUCCCAUUCCAAAAGCUUAUCAAAAAGCAGAGUACUUUGUUUCUUGAACAAAAUUCAGUUUAUUUUGCUGUAUUUUGCAACGUAGCUGUCUACAUUCUUGAAUAAUUGAUCCCAUUUCGUUCAUAUCUCUUUCAAAUCAAAACCAAAGAAUCUUAUAAAAAACCAUAUAUCCCUGAACCAGAGAAAAUGGAGGAUUCAUCAGGAGACCUGUUGAUGGAGGAAAGGGAUGAGCUGAUGGUUCCCUUUGCUCACACAGAUGAAGAUCCAACUUUUAGAACAGCCCAUUUUCUCAAACCAACUCUUGGUUCAAUCCAAACUCAUUCUGCUGCUUUUCCCCUUUUAUCAAAUAUCAGCAGCCCUGAAUCUGAUAGGAGGUCUAAAAAUGUCAUCUUUCCUGGAUGGAGAGGCACACAGGAGGGUUGGGAAGAAUGGGUUGAUGAGUUAAGCCCUUUAUAUGGAGAUACAUGGAAGAAAGCUGGAAUCUUUGACGCAAUCCUGGCUUCCACUUACCAACCUAGAAGAACCAAGUUUCAGACUCAGUUCAUAAUGAAGCUUGUUGAAAAGUGGUGUCCUGAGACUAACACAUUUAUGUUCUCUUGGGGUGAAGCCACCAUUACACUUGAAGAUAUCAUGGUUUUGGGUGGAUUUCCUGUUUUAGGACAGCUUGUUCUUACCCCUGUUGAAUCUGAAGAAAUGCUUGCCCUGGAGGAACAACUGAGAAAAAUCCAUACAAGGAUUAGUCAUGAAAAAGGUCAAUGUGCAAGGGAAUCUGCUUGGCUUGAACAUUUCAAGGGAGGUGAAGAUAAGACAUUAGAGCAUGAAGCAUUCCUUGUCUUGUGGCUAUCAAGGUAUGUAUUUCCCGGAAAUCAUAAUAUUAUAGCGAAAGAUUUGUUCCUGAUUGCCAUAAAUCUUUCUAGAGGGAUACUUAUUGCACUUGGUCCCGCUGUUCUUGCAAGCAUUUAUAGUGAUUUGGGUUUGUUCAAGAAAUUUUUACAGCCUUUAAGCAAUCUUGGAACUGGUGAAUGUGCUAGCAAGAACACACAACUUAGCUUGUGUUCCCCUUUAAGAUUGGUACAGAUUUGGGCUUGGGAGAGAUUCCCUACCUUAUGUCCUAAGCCUAAUCUCAUUCUAUUGGGAAAAACAAGAUCAGCUAGAUGGUUUGAAGUGAACAAAUGGGUGGCUCCAAAUGAUAUUCAAAAAGCUUUAGAUUCAGCCAAGGAUGAUUUUCUAUGGCGACCAUAUGCUCCAACUCUGACAAACUGGAAUCCUAAGAAGUUGUACCAGGAACAUGAACAGUACAUAAUUGUCACUCCUAAUAUAGAUUCCGAAGUUGAGACCUUGGUUCGCUGUUGGAGAACUUCAGAGCUGGUUGGAUUUGACUGUAAAGAACAGUAUCUUCCACACAGGGUUGGUAUGCAGUUCGGAUUUGACCAAGAUGUUCCUGGAUUUGUCGAAAGAUGGAAUGGUCAUACUGAUGAGUUUGCUUGGAACCAUUACAACAGGCCAAUUAGAGAUGAAAAGCUAUACAUACCAGCCAGAUUGUUUGAAGCAGAUGUAACACAAAGGUAUCUGGAACUAUGGAGGGCUCAUCAGUUGAAGUUAAGGAACGGAAUUGGUGCUGGAAAUGAUGCCCUGCCUCAUGAUGUGAUGCAGCAAGCCAGUGCUGAUGUAUUGAAGGAUGAUGAUAUGAUAGCUGAAAAACAGUCGGAUGUUGAAAGCCUCUCAUCUUCACAGAAGAAUAACAUUCCAACUCUUGUUAAUAACAAAUUGUUCCCUCUACAAAAAGAUGAUCCAAUAGUUGAGAAGCAGGCAGGGAAGGAUAUCCCAUCCUCUUCAGUUGAAAAUGAUGAUGAAAAUGCUGAAGCUGUACCAGAGAAGGAAGAAAACACAAAUGGUGAUGAUCCCAAAUUAACGCAAGAAAUUCACGAAACAUUUGGUACUUUUGCUGCAGGUAAAGAAGAGUCUCUUACUGAAGUUGCUGAAAUCUGUGGAGAGAAUGGCAAAAAGUUUCCAAAUAGACUAGUCAUGUUAAGAAAUGAACUGGAAAUUCGGAACAUCAGGAUUGGAAGGCUUGAGAAAAUAGUUGGUCAAUUGAAGAAAGAGAAAUGCAAAAACAGCAUUCUUGAAGAUCAGAGAAAGUAAAUAUGCUAGCUGUUGUUAAGAUUUUUGUCAACUUUUACUGUUAGCAUUUUGAAGCAGGAAUGUUGAAAGAAAUCAAUGGCGAUGCAGUGCGGAAAUUUAUGUGAAUCUUUGCCUGAUUGAUACCUCGGAGGAACUUCACAAAUUAAAUAUAAAAGUAGUGGCCUGAGAUUCACCGAUGAGAGUAAAUUGUUCGUACUCCCGAUAGACUUCAUUUGUUCAUUUAUCUCAUGUUUAACAUAGUAAGAUUCUGGCUGGUUGCUGAAGAAUCUUUCUGCUAAGUUUCCAGGAUAGUAGAUCAUUCUUGUUAUUGGAAGUGUUUGGUUUUUUUUGCUUACUCUGGUGAGCGCGAGCUACAUUAUUUCAGAUGGUGACUAACAGUAAAUUUUACAUCAACCAACCGGAAGUUCUCCUGAAUCUUUCAAUAUAUAGCAAGUAUACCUUUUCUUUUUCAAUGUUCAUGAUGAUCUACAUCGACUCUUUCGUUGAUUCUUGUCUCUGAAUAAACUGAUGGAUUGUGGAUAUAUCAGCAUUCAGUUCUUAACUUGUGCGUGUCGUUCUCUCGCAAGAAUCAUUUUAAGCUUUAUUGAAUCAC